GGGCCCAGGGCUGGGUCGGAAAAGCUGCCUCACUGCACCGCCCUGCCCUUCCCGCCCCACGCUCCGGCCCAGGCCUCCGGUACAAUUUCGCUGCUCCUUCCCGCAGGCUGCGCCUGCAGCGGCUUCACCGAAAAUGUCCCAGCCGGGCCCGCAGCCCGCCGCCUCUCCUAGGCCCCGGCGAGGCGCCGCAGCUCGCCACACCCAAGAGCAUGUUACUGAAAAGAAUAUUGAAUCAUCUUCUAAACCAGGAGAAAAGAAAGGAUCAGAUGAGAAAAAAGCAGCAAGUGCGGGCAGUAGCCAGCCUUCCAGAGCCCAUGCUGGUGGAGCCACCACAGCCACCAAGGUGACAGCUUCCUCUGCUGCCAGCAGCAAGUCUCCCAGUAUGAGUUCCACAGAAGCUAAGGUCCUUGCAGUCAGCAAACAGAUGGAAGGACCACAUCCACCUGACAAGAAAAGGCACAGAAAACAGGCAGUGAAAACGGAGUCUGAGAAGUCACAACCAAGUGAGAAUGAAACAAAGGAGAAAAGAUCAAGCAGGGGAGAUGGUCUGCCACCUAUGGUUCAUGAGAAAAAGUCUCAAGAAAGAAAAGCAAAGGAAGGUCCAGAGCCCCCAAAUGCUCCCAAGCCUGCAUCAGAGACAAGAAGUACAGGUGCUCAUAAAGAAAAAACAGUUUCCAGAUCAAAUGAGCAGAAGUCAGCAGAACCAAAAACAAAAUCAGAAGAUAUUCCUUCUGCUGGUGGAGGGAAGAUGGUUGCAGGUGUGACUGUGGCUGAGGCAUCGGACAAGGCGAUUGAUAAGUCAGGCAUGGAUGCUGCUUUGGAUGACUUGAUAGACACUUUAGGUGAACCUGAGGAUUCUAAGAAAGAUGAUCCACCAUAUACUGGACCAGUAAUUUUGGACCCAAUGUAUUCUACCUAUAUUGAGGAAUUGGGUAAAAAGGAAGGGACUAUUCCUCCAGAGUACAGGAAACUUCUGGAUAAAAAAGAAGGGAUUGCCACACCUCCUCCAGAAUCCCCUAAACCCAUGGGGACUGAUGAUGCUAUAGAUGCCUUGUCAUCUGAUUUCACCUGCAGUUCUCAGACUGGAAAGCAAACUGAGAAAGAGAAAUCUACAGGGGAAGUUCUUAAAGCGCAGUCUGCAGGAGUGACUAGAAGUGCAGUUUCUCCCCAGGAAAAGAAAAAGAAGUUUGAAGAGGAGGUCAUGAGUGAUCAAGCCGUGCAGGCUCUGUCAGAUUCACUAGGCACAAGGCAGCCAGACCCGGAGAGCCAUCUUAGCCCAGUUCAUGAAGUCAAAGAGGAAAAAAGAAAGGAAAAAAAGCAGGAGAAGUGUGGCGAAGAUGAUGACACAGUCCCCUCUGAGUACAGGUUAAAGCCAGCUACGGAUAAAGAUGGGAAACCACUAUUGCCAGAGCCUGAAGAAAAGUCUAAGUGCCUGAGUGAGUCAGAACUAAUUGGGAAGCUUUCAGAAGAUUUUGGCCAAUCUACUUAUCAAGACAAACCAUCUAUGCCAGCUGAGAAAAUACAAAAAUCUAAGGAAACAUCUCCAACUCCUGUGGCAGAGCCUGUGCUUCGGGCCUCCAUGUGCAGUAUACAGACGCCACCACCCAAACCAACAUCCUCGAAGGGCAUGAUGCCAGAUGAUGCUGUAGAAGCCUUGGCUGGAAGCCUGGGGAAACGGGAAGCAGAUCCAGAAGAUGAAAAACCUCUAGUGGAUAAAGUCAAGGAGAAAGCUAAAGAAGAAGACCAUGAGAAACUUGGUGAAAAAGAAGAAACAAUUCCUCCUGAUUAUAGACUAGAAGAGGUUAAGGGUAAGGAUGGAAAACCACUCCUACCAAAACAGCCCAGGGAACAACUUCCACCCUUGAGUGAUGACUUCCUGCUUGAUGCAUUGUCUCAGGACUUCUCCAGUCCUGUAAACAUACCAUCUCUUGAAUUUGAAGAUGCCAAACUCUCUGCUGCCAUUUCUGAAGUGGUUUCCCAGACGCCUGCUCCUAGCACCUAUGCAGCAGCCCUACCACCUGACACUGAGCAGAGUGACAAAGACAUUGAUGAAGCCUUGGAUAAACUUUCUGACAGUCUUGGGCAAAGAGAGCCUGACCCAGAUGAGAAUAAGCCAAUGGAUGAUAAAGUGAAGGAAAAAGUCAAAAUGGAACAUAGGGAGAAACUGGGAGAAAGAGAUGACACCAUCCCACCUGAAUAUAGGCAUCUCCUGGAAAAGGAUGGGCAGGACAAACCAGAGAAGCCACCGACAAAGAAAUCAAAGAAGCCAGAUCAGGACCAGGACCCCAUAGAUGCCCUCUCAGAAGAUUUGGAUAACUGCCCCUCAACUGCAAAGACAUCACAGAAUACAGCAAAGGAGAAGAGCAAGAAGACUUCGGGUUCCAAAACACCCAAGAAGGGAGUGAAAACAAAGGAUUCCUCCAAGACAGAGGAAGUGACCAAGUCAAAGGCUGAUGAAAAUGCAAGCUAAAGUUUACGUAUUUGGGUAUCUAAAUAGAAAUUCUUCAGUUGGUGGAUGGUGACUUUUGAAGAACAAAGGCUUUGGUGACAAUUUUUCUGGGUGGUAUCUAGACAGUGGUAUUUGUUAUAUCUUUUGACAUCUCAGACAUUGGUUUGAUAUUUUUUUUUUCCGGAAAGAAAAUAUUUGUCUGGGUCACUUGUGUUCUGUAUUAAGUAUUGAUACUUUUCAAAGAUUUUUAAUUACCUUUGGGUGGGAAAACGAAGCUUUGUAUUUGUAAGAAAUAUAUUUGAUAGUUUGCUAAAAUGCCAAAAAUCUCAAAAAAAAACUUUGCAGACUUUUGCACAUUAUACACACAGUGCCUAUAAAUCUCAUUAGUAUUUUUGGUUUGCUUUUAAUUUUUUUUAGCAUUUGAAAAGUAAUGUUCUAUUCUUUUGUCAGUAUUUUGAUUUCUUAUCACGUUUUUUUCCUCUUGGGCUUUUGAACUGUAUUUGAUGUAUCUUUGGGUUAAUGUUGAUAACCCAAAUAUAAAAUAUUGUACAUUGGGCACAUAACUAUUUUGGGGCUGCUAAUAAAUUAAUGAUGAAUAACCUGGAUAAACAUUGGGAGCAGCAGUCUCCCUUCCUGCCGGAAUUCUCCUUUACUAGGAAUGAGGACUUCUACCCAUGGUCAGACACACUGUCUAGGACACACUGAGACUUGAACUAAGUCAGCAGACAAGCAAAGCACAGGCGAGAGACAUCACUGCACAGAAACAUUCAGCAAUGAAAUUGGAAUUUUUAGAAUACUCAUAUGGCUUGAAACCAUAAUGGUUUACCAUGGCAUGAAACUGUGGUUUCCACUAUCUUAGCGAAACCCAAAUUGUAAUCAUUUGCUUAGAGCCAUUUGCUACACUGUCUGUAACAUUUGGCUUAUGGAAGUCAACUUUACCAAACACAAAAAUGAACUUCCUUAAAAACAAGAUAUACAUACACAAUGUGUGUAUGUAUACAUGUAUGUAUGUAUGUAUGUAUGUAUGUAUACACUGAAAUUUAAAAUCACCUUCAAUACCAAAGCAAGUUAAGGUAUCAUAACACCUUUGAAUGGUAUCUCAGAUUUUUCUGAGUACUGCACUGGUAUCAUUGAUGGAAAUUUGAUAAAGGAUUAAUUCAAUUUCUAUUCCCUGGCAAUGAAUGCUGGAAAAAAUAUUAGGUUCAAUUUUCUUGUUUCUAGAGAUCACAACCUUCUUUGCCAUCAAUGUAAAAGUUGUAUUUGGAUUUAAGCCCAAGCAAAGGUAAUAACAAUCAUAAUGUUAGUCUCCAAAAGUACUCUCUAACAAAUCAUGCAGGUACCUGUUACAUUUCAGAUUCUACCCGCAGAGUGUUAAAAAUCCCAAUCUCAUAAAAAGGGCAGGCACUGUUCUGUUUUUAAAGCACUGACAAGAAUAUACUCCCUGAUCUUUCUGAACUCAUUGGUGUCCAAUCCUUGUAUGUCGGCAGUAUAGGUGUUAGUCUGCUCUUUGUUUCUAAAAACAUGCUGCAACGUUUGGCGCUGACAGAUAUACUUCCAAGGCUGUAGUGCACAAAUUUCCAUGCACAUACAGGAAUAUUUUUAAAUGAUGUAACAAAACAUAAAUUUAAGAGUGCCUUUACAAAAACACACAUUUAAGGUUUUAAUUAGGAUUGUCCUCAAGACUUGAGGAUUUGCUGAUAACUUAAUGUCUUGUGGAAGCCACAGCAUCUAAAGGAGUCUUUUUUUUUUUUUUUUUUUUUACCUUUUAUGUUUUAAAUACUAGUAAGGAGAAAAUAAUUGCAGAUAUCGCCUUAAAAGUAGAUAACAGGUGGUUGUUAUUACCCAAAAGUUGCUGCAUAUAUAAUAUUUUAUCUGUUUAGAAAAUGGGCUUUUCCAAAACUGAAGGAGACCAAAGCAAAAAUCAGUAUUUGUGUUUCAUUAAUCAAGAUAUAAAAUGCAAUUAAAGAAAAAUAUUUUAAGUGAAAA